AGUGCGAUCGGAUCUGUCGGUCAAUUCACCAUUAAUUCAAAUACGAAUCAAUUUAUCAAAGAUGGCCAACCAUUCCGUUACGUCUCGGGAGCUCUUCAUUACUUCAAAGUGCCGGCAGUUCUUUGGUUGGAUCGGAUGGUCAAGUAUAAGAUGGCGGGACUUAAUGUCAUACAAACGUACAAUAUAAAACUAUGGUUUGUCUCGUAUUUUGACAGUUAUAUUGAGUGGACAUUUCAUGAGCCCGAAGAGGGAGUCUUUCGCUUUGAUGGCGACUACGAUAUCAUUAAAUACUUACAAACGGCUCACGAUUUGGGACUUUUAAUUAACCUGAGGACCGGUCCGUAUAUCGACGCGGAGAGGGAUUUGGGAGGACUUCCGUAUUGGCUGUUGUCUAAAAACCCAAAAAUGAAAUUAAGGACAUCUGAUCCGACAUAUCUGUCAGCUGUGGACAAAUGGUUUUCAUUAUUGUUGCCAAAGUUGGCGCCCAUGUUAUACAUCAACGGCGGACCCGUUAUUAUGGUUCAGAUAGAGAAUGAAUACGGAAGUUAUAACGCCUGUGAUUUUGAAUACGUCGACCAUUUGAGGGACUUUCAUAUCAAACACUUCGGCCGUGAAGUCCAACUCUUCACUACCGACGGAAACGCCGACUACUUUUUAAAGUGCGGCAAAAUAGACGGCGUGUUUGCAACCAUUGACUUCGGCCCCGGCAGUGAUAUUGUCCAGUCGUUUGCGGCCCAACGCGCGCACCAACAGUUCGGUCCGUACGUCAACUCCGAGUACUACACGGGUUGGAUAGACCACUGGGAAGAGCCCCACUCAACAGUUGGUUCAGCACAGGUGGCCAACACUUUGGAUAAGAUGUUGGCUUUUAAUGCUUCCCUCAAUCUUUAUCCUCUUUGUGGGGGCACGAGCUUCGGGUUUGGCGCCGGCGCUAAUCAGGGCGAUGGCGGACAAUAUAUCCCAUGUAUUACUAGUUAUGAUUUUAACGCUCCGCUCACCGAAUCAGGAGAUCCGACACAGAAGUACUUCGAUGUCCGCAAAGUUAUCGGAAAAUACUUACCCCUCCCUAACGGCACAUUACCGGCACCGGCGCCUAAAAUGGAGACCAAACCUAUUGUCAUGAAACCAGUGCUCAAUAUAUACGAUAUUAUCAAAUCUCAAACACCCAUUGAGUCGACAUUUCCGAUGACUUUCGAAGAAUUGCGAGUUAGAGACGGGUUUAUACUCUACUCCACAAACAUUGCAUUCAUUCCUUCAGAUCCGGCAGUUUUGACGGUUAAGGGACUCAAAGAUAGGGCUCAAGUGUUUGUUAAUAAAGUAUAUAAUAGUCUAAAGAGUAGUGAAAAGUUGAUUAAUAAAUUAAAAUAUGCGGGAACUUUGAGUCGGACUCGAAAUCUGUUUACAAUAGGUUUGGAUAUAGAGUUUGGAUCACAACUGGAUUUGUUAGUCGAAAAUCAGGGAAGACUUUGUUAUGGAAAUGUUUUCGGAGAAUCAAAGUUUUUUAUAAAUUUACUAAAUAAUAAAUUUGUAAACCUAAAGGGCAUCACAUCUAACGUGACAAUUGGUCCGCAACUUUUAAAGAAUUGGAAACAUUAUUUGUUAUUUAAGAAUUGGACCGAAAAUGUGGCAUAUAUUCAGUAUUAUUCAGAUAUUUAUUCUUCAAAUCAAUUGCCGAUCAAAAAGAGUUCAUUUGAAAGGAUUCCUGGAUUUUAUUUCUCUGAAUUUGUUUUGUCUGACAAUAAGGACUACCCUUUGGAUACAUUCCUACGUUUGGACGGUUGGCGUAAAGGACUGGCAUUUCUCAAUGGUUUCAAUUUAGGCCGUUAUUGGACUGUUGGCCCACAACUCACUCUCUAUACACCCAAACACCUCUUCAAUGCAUUCCCGAAACCAAACAAAUUAAUUGUCUUUGAAUUGGAAAAUACGGCAAACGAUAGAAGCGUUCAAUUCGUUAAACAAAGUGUUUUGAAUGCAACCACUCCUUAUGAUUAA